AUGCAGAGGGAGAAGGGGCUUCUGCUUUUUUUACUGCUUGCUCUCUUGGCAUCGCGUGGUGCGUUGGGUGAAAAGUGCACUCGCGUGAACCAGUGUUUGCAAUGCGGAAAACUCGCGUGCGAUACUAACCUCGGCAUCUGCGUCUCUUGUAACGUAACGGCCGACUGCUACCCCAGUGCCAUGGAAUGCAGGGAGGGGAAGUGUGUUGUAAAGGGCCUUGCCAGUGGCUUUUCCGCCCUCUCGGGCGUGGCGCUCCUGUGCGCAUUUGCCGUUUGCUCCAUCGCCGUAUUGGCUGGUGUUGGAGGUGGCGGCAUUCUUGUGCCCAUGUUCUGCCUGCUGAUGGGGGUGCCGAUGGACGUUGCAGUGGGGCUGUCCCAGGCCACUAUCUGCGGACAGAGCAUCCUGAAUGUGUUCCUUGCCGUUCAGAGGCGUUUUCCUUCUACCGAGUUGGCGCGUCCGUUGGUCAACUAUCAGUACCUGACCCUCCUUGUCCCGCUUGGGGUCAUUGGCACUCUCGUUGGAGGGGUGCUGAACAAGUUGUGCCCUGACUUGCUUCGUCUAAUACUGUUGUUUGUGCUUCUCGUGAUGGUUUUGUAUCGCACUGUGCUAAAAUUGGUUGCACAAUAUCGGAAAGAUCAGGCCGUGAGAAGGGAAACGGCUCCGGUCCCAGCGUCGGAGGAGGGGGAGGUGGAGGGGGCGGAGGAUGCAUUGGGCGUUUCCGAGGAACCGCCCCGCCCCGCCCAGCCUCAGUACCCGUGGCUGGAGAUUGUGUGCGUGAUCUCUUCUUUCAUUGUGAAUCUGGCCUUCGCUGCGUGGAGGCCUCGAACAAAAUGCGGGGGUGGGGUGUAUAUUGUCACGUAUUGCGUGCCGAUCGCUGCAAAUGUCUUUUUGUUUACCUGGUACCGGUUUCGCUUGGCGAGUUUGGAACAGUCCAAAUUGCUUUUUUAUUGGAACGCCAAAACCACAAUUCUGUAUCCUCUGGUCGCGGUUGUGGCAGGAAUUGCGGCGGCCAUGCUCGGCAUCGGGGGCGGGUUGGUGCUGGGCUUUGUUCUGUAUGAGGUUGGCCUUAUUCCCGAGGAAGUCUCUGCCACAGGCGGCACUGUAACCCUAUUUUUGGCCUUUUCUUCUGAGCUGAGUUUGUUACUUGAGGGCAAUUUCCUUAUUGACUACGCAGGGGUCUUUUUCGGUUGCGGGCUCCUCAGUACGGUCGUUGGCCAAUUUGUGUUCAUGCGUCUCAUCAAGAAAUUUAACUUGAGGUACUUGAUCGUCGCGGCUUUGGUGACGAUCAUUGCCGGUUCCCUUGCGUUUCUGUCAGGGUACGGCAUCUACCACUCGCUCACGCUUGUCCACGAUGGAGGCUCUAUCGUGGCGUUUGGCCGAGUAUGCCGUGCGAAGUCGGGCGGCAGCAAGUAG